GGCUUACUAUGUGUAAUAUCAUCUAUAAAUUUUCAUCUCCCAAUAAUUUAGGCAAUGGCCAGCAUACAAUUCCUAACCGGCAGGACAACCUACAAAGCAUUCAAGCCCAGCUCGAUUUACAAUGGAUGUGCAGACUUAUACCUCAGAAAACCGCCCAUACUUGCCUCCUCAUCCUGCGGCAUUGGCAGGCUCCAAGGCCGAAAUCAGCCGACUUGGAUCCAUGGGGAGCGACACCCAGCAUCAAGGUCAAGGCUUAUCCAAUCUGGCGUGGUCACAGAGUAAUGAUGCAUCAAACGACUUUCGGUCGGAUUUUGUCACAAAACCGACGCUCCCCAUGCUGGAAGCGAUUAUCACAACGUCCCUUGGAGAUGGUGACAUGGAUGAAGACCCGACAACGAAUUCCUUUCAAGACCAUGUCGCCGACUUGGUCGGCCAUGAAGCCGCUCUUCUCGUGGUCUCGGGCACCAUGGGUAACCAGGCCGCUCUCCGAGCUGCUCUCGGAGCCCCGCCCCAUUCCAUCCUUGCCGACCACCGCGCGCACAAUAUCAUCCUUGAAGGCGGUGGUGCGUCUAGCCUUUGUGGCGCCCUGAUGAAAAUGGUCGUUCCCGCUAACGGCCACCACCUUACCCUGGAUGAUGUGAAGAAACAUGGCACCACGACAGAAUCCAUCUACGACUGCCCCACCCGGGUGAUCUGCUUGGAGAAUACAUUAUGGGGUACGAUCAUGCCCCUCUCGGAUAUGCGUGCUAUCUCCCAUUGGGCGCGUGCCCAGAACCCUCCAAUCCAUAUGCAUCUGGACGGAGCUCGACUGUGGGAAGCCGUUGCUGCCGGUGCCUGUACCCUCCGAGAGGUUGGCGGAUGUUUUGACAGCAUCCAGCUGUGUUUCACAAAGGGUCUUGGUGCGCCAAUUGGCAGUAUCAUUACUGGCAGCUCGGCCUUCAUCAAGCGAGCCAAAUGGAGCCGCAAGCUUCUCGGCGGCAGCACCCGUGCUUCGGGUGUGAUUGCCGCACCCGCAAGGGUCGCCAUCGCCGACGUAUUUCUCAGCGGAAAACUGACUGCAGCCCAGGACAAGGCAAAACGUGCCUCGGCGCUUUGGGAACAGCUUGGCGGGAAACUCCAGUACCCAACAGAGACAAAUAUGGUCUGGCUCGACCUUGAAGCAUCUGGCUUGUCUCCUGAUGAGUUCUACCUCAUGGCAAGAAAAUUCGACUUGAAGAUUGGAGAACCAAUAUUUGGCCGACUUGUGUUUCAUUACCAGAUCACCGACAAUGCAUUUACUCGACUUUGCACCUUCUUCAGGGCCGUUCUCAAAAACAGUCGCUCAUGUACUACUUGCAACUAG